AGGAUGUACGUGGACCAAGGGGUAAACAAGAUGUGGUCCUUUUUAAGAUAAAAGUGGCUUCCAAAGUCAAUAAUGCCUCGCUAACCUAACACUGUGAGAAAUUUGUGAUAACAUAAGAGAGACUUUCCGAAGAUAUGAGAUGCUUGACUUCUUAUAAUUUUUCCAACUUCACCGCCAAAAGGCCUAAAUCUCUCCACUUAUAUGUAACUAGUUCUCAUUUAACGUAUAGUCAAAUGAGCUAGCAAAUUGUCCCUCUCUCCAUCUACCUAGCUCCAUCAAAAAAUUUCUGCGUUCUGUCCAGGCACUGCAUGGACUUUACAACUUAGGAACAGCUAGUUGCCUCUGUAGGCUGGUGGAUCAAGAGAAAGAAAGAAAUGGGAAAUUGGAACACGACUUGUGCUUGUAAGAGAUCUAAGUUGAUGAGGAAGCAAAUGGAUUCCAUGAAUCAUAAUACUCAUCAUGAAGGAAUAAGGACUGUAAAGGUGAACAAGGUCUGCGACUUCUCUGGAAACUCAGACCUUUGCAUUUGCGCAGUGACCUGGAACAUGAAUGGACAGGUGGUUUAUGAAGACUUGGUGGAGCUGGUUGGGAGCAACUCCAAGUCUGAUCUACUGGUGGUAGGUUUGCAAGAGGUGCCUCGGAAAAACAUCGCACGGUUAUUGGAAACAGCACUUGUGGAUACUCAUGUCCUGCUAGGAGAGGCGAUCAUGCAAUCUCUUCAGCUCUAUGUAUUUGGACCUCGGAACUCGGGGCUUUCCAUCAAAGAAUUGAAGGUGGAUAAGCAUUCUGUUGGUGGGUGUGGAGGAUUAAUUAGGAGAAAGAAAGGAGCUGUGGCCAUCCGCAUGAGCUACAAUGGCAUCCAAAUGAUGUUCAUCUCUUGCCAUCUUUCUGUCUGGAUUGUUGUAAUAUAUGCAGCUCAUGCUCGUAACGUGGAAGAGAGGAAUUCACAAUGCAGACACAUAUCACACAACCUUUUCUCAAAGCAUAUGAAUCCUUACAGCAGGCCUGCUCAAGUCACGGUAUGGCUGGGAGAUCUUAACUACAGAAUACAAGGGAUAGAAACACAUCCAGUCAGAAAUCUUAUACAGAAAAACCUUCACAAAUUCCUCACCAGGCAACAAAUCAUAUUCACCAUGUAUAUUCAAAUGCUUAAGCGCAGCACAAGUAGACAAUCCCUCGUAGGUUUCUUUCGCUAUGACAUAGUAGGUUCCACGAGUAGUCGUGACCUGAAUUGUUGUGUUGGCCUGAUAAUAUUGGCCAAAACAAAAACAAUUUACAGGAACAAUCACCUCGCUGUUGGCAGGGAACUCUGAUAGCGUUGUAACAUUGUUGAUUCUUGCCAGCUCUUCUUGGUUUGCCGACGUAAGGGCUGAGAUUGAAGGCAGCGAGUUAAAAGAAGGUUGAGAUUUGAAGAUCAGAAAGGCCAGGCAAGAUUGGUCCUGGCCAUUGCAGGUGUAAAGAAAUGCAGAGGAUGGUCCUGCAUCAUCAUUGGAGCUGCAGUCUAGUGCUGAAUCCUUCGAGUAGUUUUGUUGAGCAUUAGCAUAUGAAGUGAGAAAACUGAGAGUGAGCAAACUGAGAAAGAAGUUUGCCAUGGUUAACGUUGUUCGGGUGAGGAUACAGCGAUGAGUAGACA